UGAAACUUGAAUACUUGAAAAACUACUAACCAAAAUAACGGAAAUAUUUUUUGAUUUUUGAAUUAUUCUAUUAAACUUUUUGUAAAAAUUACUUAGAUGCAGUAAUAAAAAUAAGUUUUUAUAUGAAAUAUGUUUAAAAAAUUGGACAUUAAUAAAGGACGCUAACAACAACUAGUUAAAAAAUAAAGGCCAAAACUUACAUUCAAUAUGAGAAGAUCAAGCAGUCAAAGCUGCAUCCCCCUUCGCCUAUUUGGUCCAUCUACUAGUGCUAGCAAUAGAGGACGUAGAGAUAGUUCAAAAUCCAGAGCAUCGGGCCAAGAUGGUUUAUCCUCAAACAGACCUACAAGAGCAACAUCACUGGAUAGAAAAUCUUAUACAAAUAUGAAAACGCCCCUAACUAGACAGAAAAGUUUCCAAAGAACCACACCAAUAUCAGCAAGACCACAGUCAAGUGAUAGAAAAUCUCAUGCUGUAAAACAAACUCCUAGACAAAAUUUUCAAACAGCUACACCAAGUUCUAUAAGAAGUAACAGUACCUGUAAAUCAUCAAAAUCUGUUUCAACGUUAAAGGAGAGAAAGACAAUUCAAAAAUUAAGUACUAAUAAGGAUUGGGUCCAUGCACAGUAUCAAAAGGUAAAAUAUUAUAUAUCGACUUCCACAAAUAUUGAUCCCACUAUUCUGAAACCUGAAAAUAUUAGGCCUCCGUCGAUAAAGGGGUUCAUAUAUCUGGUAUCAGUAUUGUUCGGUGAGUUGUUUCCUUCUCCUGUAAAUAUGUCUAUGGAAAAUUAUAAAGAAGUGAUUGCAAAAAAGUUAAAGGCCAUGCACUAUCCUGGAUCCAUGACAAACUCUGUAUUGAAAACAGUAAACACAAUGCAUUCAUGGCCCCAAGUUAUCGGCAUGUUUGGAUGGUUGAUAGAUAAAGUGAAUCUAGUACAUAAUGGUCAAAUUGACAUGUCUAAACUUACACCUGUAGAGAAACAAGAGUGUAUUCUAACAAAGCUUUGCAGAGAUUAUAUUUUGGAAAGAUACCAAAAAUUUAAUGAUACCAAAGAUACAACAGAAGACGAAGAGCAGCGGGAAAAUUUUAUUUCUGCUUUUGCAAAUAACAUAGGCGUAGAUAUAAAUUCUUAUGAGCAACUAAAGAACCAAGUUGAAGAAAAGGAAAGGAAUUUGAACAGUCUUAUAAUUGAAGUACAGGAAUUAAAAGUGGUAAAAGAGAAUUUAGAAGAAAGGAAAGCUAGUUUACAAGAAAAUUUGGAUAGACUUCAAGAAACCGAUGCUGCCGAAGAUGCAGAAUUAGAUGUGGGAAUAAAACACUACACAAAAAUACUGAAUGAGUUAAUUCAACAAGAAAAUGAUCUUAACGCAAAUAUACACAGGCUCGAAGAAAGCAUCAAGAAACAGCCAUGUACGUACCAAGAAAAGAAGAAUCUCAUGCAUAAUAUUAAAACGCUGAAAAACGAAUUAAAUAUAAUUAAAGAAAAAGUUAAACACGAUCAAGAUAUUAAGCAUACUUUUGAUACAGAAAUCCAGGAGGAACAUGAAAAGUUACAAUCAAAAAUCAUCGAAUGGAAUCGAUCGUUAAGGACAGUCUGUAUUAAAAAACCCGAGUUUAGGGUUUUACUUUUUAAAGAAAUCGGUCUACAUAGAACAGAACUUCUUGACGAAAUUAAGGAAAUUGCCAAAAUUAAAUCGGAGAUGGAAAAGAAUAUGGUAAAGCAGAUAGAGUCGAUGGAAAUAAAUUUAAAACAAUGCAACGACGACAUUAACAACAUGACAAAGGAACUAAGUGUUGUUCAAGGUGAAAUUGAAUCGCUAAUUCAGACCAUCAACGAACUGAAUGAAAGAACGGCAAUCAUUGAAAAGGAGACACAAAUGCAAUUAGAAAAAUGGGAACAUGACAAACAGACGUUACUCUCACAUUUAAGAAAUUCUGAUGAACAAAGAGAACUAGAGAUGACUGAAGAAAAUAAUGAACAACUGUCACAGAAGCAAAAAGAAUUAGUAGAUUCCCUGGAAAAAUUCAAAGUAAUGGCUGUCGACUUCUUUCUUCAGAUUUACAGGCAAGUUAACAGGCAUAUGGGUGAACUGAAAAAAAUCGUGGAGAAAGUCAAAAAUCAAGUAGAAGCGGCGGCAAAAAAAGAAUUAGAGGAAAGAGAACAGUUAAAUGAGUUUUUAGAAAGUUUACAAGAGAAUAAUUAGUUUAGGAAAUAUUAUUAUUAUUAGAAAAUAAAGUUUUACUAUUUACUAUA